AUGUACAAACUAGUAUUGUUCAUGCCAACGGACUCACAAACUAUUCCACUCAAAUACAGCAGAAGGCCAAUGACCUUAAAGAAACUGCCGGUCCUCAAUCCACCAGUGAACUUGGUUCUACUCAGAAGACUGAUCUCCAACAAGGUGGAUAAAGCCACAACGCUAGCUCAGAAGGCCGGAUUACUUCACACAGCAGCUGAAAAAAUAGUUCAAGCUUCUCAGCAACAGGGUACUCCACUUGCUACACUUCAAGGUCAAGCUGGACUUCUUAAGACGGCAGCCGGCAAUGAAAGUAGUGGUAGCGGUCUAUUCACGACUGCAGAAGAACUACUAGAGCAAGCUACUCAGCUUGGUCAACCUGCUCAUGAACAGGCUGAUGGAGUCAUAGACGCAUUUGACAAAGUAGAUAAACAGUACGAAGCACUAAUGGGAAAAGCCAAAGAAAGUGGGCUAACCAGUGAUCCCAAGGUUACCGCUGUUAUCAAGGCCUACCAUGGAGUUAAGAACACCUAUUACCAAAUGCUCAUAGGAUACAGGUUUAGAUACCUAAUUGGCACUGGUGGUGACGAAAAGAUUCUACAUAAGGCCAACGAACUAUAUGGCGCAGCCGACUCACUAGCCAAAAAUCUUCAAUCUGAUCAAGAACCUAAGAAAACCCUCAAGGAACUUGCCAACAACCUUGCCAAUGCUACCAACGAUACCGCCGGUCUCCAACAGGCCCUCUCUGAACUCAAAGGUGCUCAAGAUGAUCAAAUUGCUACCAAGGCCCUUGCUGUAAUCACUAAAUUCAAAGAGGUCAAAAAUGCCUACGAUAAGGUUAAGGAAAAAGAAAAGGAAUAUAAUAGGCUUGCUGGUCCUGAAUAUAGCCCAGUUAAAGAUGCUUUCAAAGCGCUUGAAGAAAAGUUUGGUGUCCUUAAGAAGUCCAUUGUAAAUGUUCUCAAGCUUAGGGUUCAAGAACUAUCCGCCCUGGCCCAAGCACUUAACCAAAAAGCCAGUACACUAUCUACUAGUGAUAUUUCUGAACUUCGUGAUCAAGCCACUCAACUAGCUAAUGCAGCCAGUCAAAGUACUGGUCUACACGCUAAGGCAGCAGCAUUGGUAGAAGCUAUCAAUAAUGGUGAAGCUGCUACUGAGUCCAGGGCCGGCGGAGUAAUAACCCAAUUUGGAGCAGUCAGAACAGCAUACGAUGCACUGGCAGGUCAACCGACAUACUCAUCUGUCGUAGAAAAAAUAAAACAAGGUCAACCACUAUCAGAUGGUGAUGAACUAAAGGUCAAGAAAGUUGAUGACGCCUACACCGCUCUCAAGACACUAUAUGAUAAGAUACUAAACUUUACCAAAACAACAAAAGUUAAAGCAGCAGCAGGUACAGGUACAAGCGAUGGUAAACUCCGAGACUUGGCCGACAAACUAUAUAAAACAGCCAGUGCACUUAAUACUGCAGUUACUAAUUUUGAUGAUUCUAGUGGAGAUGCUGCCAAAGUACUCCAGGCUAAGGCUGGCACAAGUCAAUCAAGUCCUGGUACACUCCGAAAACUCGCAGCUGAUCUACAUGACAAAGCCGAUGCACUUAAAAAUGCAGUUACUUCUGCUAGUCCUGCUGUUAAUGAUGCUAAUGCUGCCCAACAACUCGCCACUGCCGUCGGUGAUAGUGAAACCGCUCCUGGAAUAUCACUAAGAAAGGCUCUCGCUCAACUUGCUACUGCUCAAGCUGGUGAUCUAACAACUCCGGCCAAAGCUGUUACAGAUGCAUACAAAAAAGACGACAGUGAUGGUGUCAAAGAUAAAUUCGAAGAAGUUAAGAAGAAAGAAUCUACUUAUAAUGCUAACCCCGCUACGAAGGCUGCAUAUGAAGCAGUUGUAGCCGCAAUGAAUGCUUUCGAUGCUGUGUAUAGGCCUGAAGAACUACUCAUGGAGGCUAUAGCUGAAGAAGGCACUCAAGGAGAUAAUCUAGCAAAGGCACUCAAUGAUCUUAGUAGUCUGUAUGCUGAAAAAGGUACUCCUAAUCUAUUACCUUCUAAGGCCACUGCUGUUAAAAAAGCAUUUGUAGAUGGCUUUGGACCUACCGUAAAUGCUAGGUUCAACGCUGUUGUGGCACAAGCUAAUGCAUACGAACAGGGCACUACUAUUAAAUCUGAGAAAUACGCUCAACUUCUUGAAGCCUGGACCAAUUUCAACAAUAAAUACUACGAGGUCAUAUCCUUUUACAAAUACCAUAUCAUUAUACUUUCCUCAAUCAUUAUUCAGUGGUCAUACUGGUCACCUAAAACCGUAUUCGCAGGUGACGGAAUGGGUGGCUGGAAAAAAUACGAAUAUGGUUUUGGUACUCCUAAACAACUUGUGAAUAAUUCCUUCUGGCAUGCAUUUGAUAUUCUUAUAGUCCUUAAGAUAUCACUUGCUGUCAUCUUUAUUUGUUGUCUUCAUUAUAGAGAUUCUUCACUAUCUAGAUCUAUUGUUAAUCAUUAA